AUGGCUGAUAUCUCGGAUACCACUCUACGCGAUAAAGAGUCCCAACAUGAAAAGACAAGAGACGACGCCGCUUCUACACAAAGCCAAACCAACGAUGAACAAGACACCAUUGAAGAACCCCCGGAUGGUGGUUUAAAAGCUUGGUUACAAGUCUUGUCAGGUCAUCUCGUCAUGUUCAAUUCAUGGGGCUAUUUUAUCAGUUUUGGCAUCUUUCAGCCACACUACGAAUCCGAAUUCUCCCUUCCACCUUCGACAAUCUCUUGGAUUGGGAGUCUACAAGUCUGCCUCAUCUUUUUUAUUGGAACAUUCUCCGGGCGCGCUUUCGACGCUGGUUAUUAUCGCACUGCCUUAGUCGUGGGCCUCUUUUUGCAAAUAUUGGGUAUCUUCAUGACCAGCAUCGCCUCUGCGUACUGGCAAGUUCUUCUCGCACAGGGAAUAUGUCAGGGUUUGGGAAACGGGGUUCUAUUUGCGCCGACGAUAGCAAACAUGUCUACCUACUUUACUCGUAAAAGGACGGUCGCUAUCUCGGCUGCAGCUUGUGGUGCUGCUACGGGCGGAAUGGUGUUUCCUCUUAUUGCGCAGCAGCUUCUACCAAAGAUUGGGUUUCGGUGGACGGUGCGUGUUAUGGGAUUGGUAGUCAUGGUGGUAUCUGCCCUAGUCUUGAUUCUUGCCAGGACAAGACUCAGAGGCAGAAAGGCUGGGCCGCUUGUUGAGUGGGCGGCGUUUAAAGAGCCUUCAUAUGUUUUAUUUGCAGUGGCCAUGUUUUUUACGCUGUGGCCGACUUGGAUCUCAUACAACUAUGCUCGUCAAUACGCAACAGACAAACUCGGCGGUUCAGCCUCAGAUUCAUUCCUAAUGCUCAUCGCCAUAAACGCAGUCGGUAUUCCAGGCCGAAUGAUAUCCGCCAUUCUAGCCGAUCGAUUCUUUGGCGCCAUAAACGUAUUUAUUCCCACAAUCUUUUCCGCUGCAUUAUGUCUAUACAUGUGGUCACAAGUAACCACGCUUACGGGCGAUGCAUCACCCCUCCUCGCUCCAGCCCUCCUCCAACGCGCCCAAUCCCUAACAACCGAACACGAUGCCCUCCAAAAGAACCUCAAUUCCUCUUUCGACUCGGAUACGGCUAAGCGCGUUGGCGAACUGUCUCGGGUAGCAGAAGCUCUGAAAGCAUUGGAGAAAUCACAAUCCUCCGUCAAAGAGCUAAAGCAAAUGCUUGAUGAUUCAAGUCUGGAUCAAGACCUCGCCACUAUAGCCAGAGAUGAACUCUCCUCCGAGACGGGCCAACUCGAAUCCCUCGCUCGUAAACUCUCCGCCAGCUUGACACCCCGCCAUACGUUUGCCGAUUUCCCAUGCAUGCUCGAGUUUAGACUGGGGCCGGGUGGUCUUGAGGGGAGAUUCUUUAUGGAUACCCUGUUCAAGAUGUACAAAGGACUUUGUAUGAGGAGAGGAUAUAGACAUACAGUGGUCAAGUACGAGUUCGCAGACGGCGCAGGCGAUUCUUCUUCUUCGUCUGGCGAAAACCCUCUUCAGGAAGCCAUUCUCGAAGUCCACGACCAAGGCGCCUUUGACAUUUUCCGCGGCGAAGCAGGCAUGCACCGUGUCCAGCGCAUCCCCAGCACCGAGACAAAAGGCCGAGUCCAUACCUCUGCUGUCGCCGUUUGGGUCCUCCCCUCGUUCCCCGAGAACAGCGCCACGAGCAUCGAUUUCGAAGACCCCGAGAGCGACUUUUACAUUAACCCGCAAGAACUCAAGAUCGAAACGAUGAGAGCCCGCGGCGCAGGAGGACAGCACGUCAACAAGACCGAAUCCGCCAUUCGAAUGACACAUUUACCCACCGGAACGACGGUUUCUAUGCAGGAUCAUAGAUCGCAGCAGCGCAACAGGGAAGAAGCGUGGAAACUGAUGCGAUCCCGAAUUGCGGACCAGAGGAGAGAGCAACGUGAACAAGAAGCGUCGCAAUUGAGGAAUAGCGUCCUGUCAAAGACGCAGAUUACUCGGGGUGACAAGAUCCGCACGUACAAUUACAACCAGGACCGAUGCACCGACCAUCGUGCUGGUAUUGAUGUGCACGGUUUGCCGAAUGUGCUCGAAGGUGGUGAGAAGUUGGAUAAAAUCAUGGACGGCGUAAAGGAUUGGUUGGUUGGCAAGGAUAUUGAAGUCCUCGUGGCGGAAGAAGAGAUCAAGGAAAAGAGUAAGGGAACGAAAUAA